GUGAUGUCAGCAGUGUGUGGGUGUGGUUUGCUUCAUGAAGUCUGUAUUUAAAGAGGUGUUGCUGCAGACUAACUUCACUUCCUCAGCUCAGCAGCAGACCAGCUCCUCCCUCCAGAACCAACUAUGGACAGAAGAUUUGCCCAAAAUGCCCUCCGAUCAAAAUCAAACACAUACAAUAACGAGGUACUCCGGAUUGUGAUGGUGGGGAAGACCGGAGUUGGGAAGAGCGCCACAGGAAACACCAUUCUGGGAAAAGAGUCCUUUAAAUCAGAGUUCUCUUUUGAAUCCUGUACUGUAGACUGUUCUAAGGCCUUUGGUAGAGUUGAUGGACAAAGAGUUAAGGUUAUUGACACUCCAGGUCUGUGUGACACCAAGAUUGAUGAAGAGGAGACCAGAAACGUUGUUGGUAAGAGCAUUGCUUUUGCUUCUCCUGGACCCCAUGUCUUCCUGGUCGUCAUCAGACUGGGCAGAUUCACAGAUGAAGAAAAGCAGACAGUGCAGAAGAUUCAGGAAAUCUUUGGAGAGGAAGCAGACAGAUACAGCAUGAUUCUCUUUACCCACGGUGAUCUGCUCCAAGGGAAACCUAUUGAAGAGUUCUUGAAGGAUAGCGAAGAGCUGCAGGAACUUGUGGCCAGAUGUAACGGGCAGUACCACGUCUUCAAUAAUGACCUGAAGGAUCGUUCUCAGGUCAGAGAGCUGCUCGAUAAGAUCAGAAAGAUAUCAGAGAAGAACGGAGGAAGCCAUUACACCACUGAAAUGUUCCAAGACGCAGAGAGGGCCAUAGAAGAGGAGAAACAGAGAAUCCUUGAAGAGAGAGAAGAGGAAAUACGCAAACAAGAAGAGGAAAUGGACAAGAUAAUGGCAAAAAAGUAUGAGAAAGAAUUAAAAGAAGCCAAAGAUGACAAGGAGAGGUUGCAAAAGCUAAAUGCAGAUCGCCAAAGAGAAAUGGAGGAGCAGAGUAGGAAGAUAAGAGAAGAGGCGGCAAGGAAGGCCAGAGAUGAAGCUGAGAAAAGCUGUUUAAUGUUUGGCAAAAUUUGGUUUGGAAGUCUUGGUUUUCGUAGCCAUGAUACAGUCUGACCCUCUGGAAUAGCUCCUUGUUAAUCUUCACAGCCCCCUUUUAGAUGUUGUUGUUUGAUGUGAUUUACAGUAAUAUCAGUUAUUUCAGUGGUGAGUUGUGUUGAAGAGAGGAAGAAAAUGGAACAAUGUAUUUUACUAUAUAAAGCUUAAAUAUGCUAAAAACUGUUCUAAAACUCUGAAUGCCAUAGUCAUGUAUCGUAUAGUUUAAUGCUUUAGCAAUAUAAUCAGGAUGUAUAACAGAAAUCCUGACACGGAUGCUCAUAAAGACCCAUAAUGCAAUACGCACUUCCUCUUUCGAGGAGAUGCACUCUCUAAUAUGUAUCUGGGUAAAACGCAUUUCAUUUUUUAUUGAUUUGUGGUGUUAUAACUUGUGAAACUUUAAUAAAACGACCUGUUCACAUUUGUGAGAGGAAACUAAA